AUGUCAGACUGGGAUUCAGUAACUAUAAUUGGACAAAAAGCUAGAGUUGGCGGAGGUGGUCCAAGAGAGCAUGUUGCAAAGACACAAUCACAAUUAAAUGCAGCAAGAAGACAAGGACUUGUUGUUGGAACGGAGAAAAAAUAUGGUUCAUCAAACACCAAAUCUAAUCCGGAAGGUCAAAAAUUAACAAAAUUAGAUGCUACUGAUGAUGUUGUAGCUGUUAAAAAAGUUGACGCAAGUGUUGGAAAAGCUAUUCAAAAGGCAAGGCAAGAAAAGAAAUUCACUCAAAAGGAUUUAGCUACUAAAGUUAAUGAAAAACCAAAUGUUAUCAAUGAUUAUGAAGCUGGUAGAGCUAUUCCAAACCAACAAGUUUUAGGUAAACUAGAAAGAGCCUUAGGAGUGAAAUUAAGGGGAAAAAAUAUUGGUGAACCGUUAUUUGCAAAAAAGUCAUAG